AAGUCAUACCAGUGUACAAGACGACUGUGUAAAAUCGGGUGAAUAUUUUGAAGACUUAAAUUUGGGGAAAUAAGUAUGUAUAAUAUAAAUUAUGAAGUGAACUUAAAGAUACAAAAAUAUCUUCAACAGUUUAGAGCAUGACCUACAUUGCACGCUUCACGAUCGAUAAGACUCAUUGACUCAUCCCGAGUCAAGACAAAACGAGGUAACAAAACAGAAAGUGGUUUAAAGUAAAGUAGUGUUUGAGAUGGAGGAAGAAGCACGGAUUCUUCACACCAACUUGAAAACAUAUAUAAAGGAUGAAAUAGAAACAAAUAGUGAUCAGUACCACGCGUUUGUUGAGAGUAUGAAAGGAUAUGGCGUUCCAAAAGGAAGGUUGGCAAACGCUAAAACCUUGUAUGAUAAAUUUGUGUUGUUAGAAAACUUCGGAAAGCUUGGUGUAGGGAAUUAUGACAGCCUUCGUGAUAUGGUUAAAAGUAGCGGACUUGACGAACUUUUACCAAAAAUAAACGAGACGGACAAUGAAAUUAAGAAGCUGCGAGCAGUUUCAGGCGGAAGUACUCAUCACACCGCCCAUAAACGGCACCAUGAUGUUUCACCAGGGGCCUCAAGACCACCAGAGGCGAAGAAGUCCCAUGUUGAUGCAGCUGAAGACGACCCUCUGUGGACGCGAGAUAGUGACGGAAGAGGCCGCUACGACACCAAGGGCAAGAAAGGAUACUUGCUGAUAGUCAACUACAGCGAUAAGAGAGAAGGUUCGAAACGUGAUGUCGAAAUUCUGCGAGCCUUCUUUAAAGACAUGUUGAAGUUCGAUGUGCACGAAGCUUCUGAUCUUACUCUGGAAAAGCUUGAACAAAAAUUUUCUGACGUCAAAAAACGACUGAAUGACACCAUUUCCAAAGACAACUUGUACUGCUUUGUGUGUGCCAUAAUGAGCCAUGGAGACAAGGAUGGAAUAGCCACUGCAGAUGGUAAAUCGAUUUCGGAGGAGACAAUCAGAAAAACCUUUACCAACAACAAUAUUCCUAAUUUUACAGGUAAACCAAAAGUAUUUCUGAUACAAACCUGUCGUGGGAAGGAAUAUCAGGAUGGCGAGCAGGUCGAGGAUGACGACAUUAGUGACGUCACAGAAGAGAACGAUGAUGUCAUUGAGGAUGAUAUCAGUGUUACUGUUCCGAAUGACGCAGACACACUUAUUGCCUAUUCAUCCACGCCAGGGUACAAGUCAACACGAAUGGAGGUACGUGGGAGUUGGUUCAUAACGGCAUGUGUUAGGGCGUUCCUAAAGUUCUACAGGACUGACCACCUGGAGGACAUGCUUGUCACUGUCCGGGAACAGGUCGCCGAGAAAGACAGGAAAGACUCCAAAAAACAGAUGCCGUGUGUCUGGACCUCGCUUACCAAACGGUUGUUCUUCAAGUAGAACGUCUUUUAAAAAUGCUUCCAAAAGGCUUGUUUCUCAAGCUUUACGAAGAGGAGUAGCAUUAUGAAAAUGUGGAAUGAUCUCAAUGGUUAUAAGAUACAUGUAGUUUCAAGCGGCUAAAUUUUUCUAUAUAGUUAGCAUAGCUAUAAGACUCAAUACAAACAAUUGACAAUGGAUAGAAAUUGUUUCUUAGUAUAUUUGUUUGCUUCACAUGACUUUUAUAAUAUAAAAAUUAAACAAUCAGCAGUCUUGCUUACUUAUCAAUUCUGUAAGCUCCAAAUUCUUUAAGGUGCAAUUAAUUACGUUGUUUUUGUAUUUCCUCAUAUUUCAUACCAUAGUCCACUUAUUUCCAUUCUGUUAUAUAACACAUAUAUGUGUAAUACAGAAAAAAAAACGUGAUGGUUUAACCGGAAACAAGGUAUAGCAUGAGAUAAACAUGUAUAUUGAAAACAAUUUAAUUGGAAACAAUAAUUGCUUAAUUGGUUAUAUUCCAGCAAAUCAUACGAUAUUUUGCAUUGACCUCAUGAAAAACAUUUUUGAAACCUUCGUGACGUUGUGUAUUUAAACAGAUUAUUUUUUUCUACGACGUCAUGAGGUAAUUUUCAAUAUUUUCUUUGUGUUGCGUUUAUUUUAGAAUUCUUACCAGAUUAUGAGAUACCAGCUCAGUAUUCAGUCUAUGUAUAAAUGGAAUUAGAAUAGUUGUAUCAAUAAAAAAAAUCCGGGCAUAUGAUAGAAAUAAUCCGGCACUCGUCAUCUUAUAAUUAUACAUAAUGCACAUUUUUUAACUCGUCCUGGAAAUAUGUAAGUAAGUUCGCUAAAAGCUCGCUAACUAACAAAUUUCUAAGAUCGUUGAGUAAAAUAAUAUAUUAUAAGUAGACUCGUGACAGAUCCUAAAUGUACGACAACUCCAACCAUUCGGUACAACCCUUUCAGAUGUUAAGUAUAAAACGGUGAUAGAAUAUAAGUGUUCUCAUUUUACAAAUCACUUGGGGCUAAUUUUACACCGAAGUUGCCCUCGUCAAUGACAAAGGACACACUGGCGAAGCAAGCAACAAAAGCUUUAAUGUGCAUAUUUUCAUGUAAGCUCUUCGGUAUUUUCAUGUCAUAAACAGGCCUUUAAGCUCUUUGAAUGCAUGAUAUUGCAAAUAUUGUGUUAUUCUGCAGAAAUUUGGGGAUUCCAGUACGCAGAGCACAUCGAUCAACUUCAUUUCGUGUUCUAUAAACGUGUUUGUGGCCUUAAUAAAAAUGUGCCAAACUUCUUUGCACUAAGCGGACGAUUACCCAUUUCAGUUACUUUUAAAUUUAGAUGCAUAUCGUACUUGGAAAAACUUGUUCAGAUGUCUCCAAACAGAUAUCCAAGACAGAUGUACCUUCUGUUAGGAAACCAAGACUCGAACGGCAAAACAAAUUGGGUCUCCCACGUGAAAGGACUGUUGUUUGAAAAUGUUUUUGGAUACGCAUGGCUGGCAAAUUACAUUCGGAAUACACAAACGUUAAAGAGAUUAAAGUUUACAAACAUUUAAAACCCGAAUUAAAGACAAAAAAACAACAACAAUUAACCAAAGAUUAAUCUCCAUAUUUCAUCAAAAAGCAUGAAAGAAAAACAGAUCUUCGUUUUUGCAAAAUGUGUAUAUUAAUGAAGCAAAGUACUGGAAGAGUUCAUGAGAUGUUGAUGCCAUAGAAUUGUAUUUCCAAUUUGUGUUCUCUUACUUCAGUAUAUCCCAUACGUUGUUGUAUUAUAUAUACCACUUUUCACAUUUAUUUGAUCAAAUGUUGUUGAUGUUAAACGCUUCAACAAUAUCAUAUAUUUUAACCUUACAAUGACUUUGUAAGUAUUGUAAUUUUCAUUGUUAUAUGUUGUUGUUUUUAAUUUUCAUAGAUAAACAUGCUAUUAAUACCUCAAAUCUUUUUUGGAUUUUGGGCUGAAGGCCUUUCAUUACUAAUAAACAUUCGUAUUUGUAUUCAUAGUAUUUUCUUGAUUUGAAACUAUGUCAGGUUUCCAAUUAUAAUGCUCCAUUAGAACUUAGUCAACGUUUCAGUGUCCCAUUUAAAUUUAACACAAUCAUAGUGUUAUACAAUCAUGUUCAUAUUUAUUUUAAUAACCUGUCGUUGGACAUAUAACCUAUCGUUGAACGUAUUCUCUAGAGUAUCCAUGGCACUUACUUGUACUUUUUUAUUGAUGAAGUUUUGGUAACAUUACUUAUCUUCCCAUUGUUUCCAUUUAAAUAAAAAAUAGCGAAUAAGAUACUAUCCAUUAUUCAGAAAUAUCAAAUAAGGCGUAAAAAAUGUUUGUUUCCUCGUCCUCGACCAACCCUAUCCUUUCCUCUCGACCCUACACUUUUUAUGCCAUACUCAGUAGUGAUGUUCUUUUCGUAAUUUCCUUAAAAAUAUGACCAUUUUAAUUUUCUACAAUAUUGAUAUACCAUGAUAAAGAUCGGUUUGGUAAAUUUACAAUUUACCGACCGUUACAAAGCGGUACCUAUCAAUCCUUGAUAAACACCCCUAAUUUUCAUACAGAAUAUAUGUACAGUGUUCUUUGUGGAUUUGUGUGCUGUUGUUUCAUGUUUCUGGUGUGUGAUUGUUUCUUUUUGUGUUCUAUGUCUUUGGCGUUGACUCUGUGCAAUUAAACGGGGUUUACGUUAAAAUUUUCGACUACUGUGCUUGUUUCUGUAGUUUUUCAUAUACAUAUAGGUACAUAAUACGAAAUUGGGAAGGCCGUCCGCGAUAAGCUGAAAGUCUUGUUUGUACUCUAUGUAGAAUACAAUAGAUAUAGACAAGAAUACCAUGAAAAAAACAAUAAUAAGGGGUAGUAAAUAUGUAGUAUAAAAUGUAUUCGAUAUUGCUGAGAGUGUUCAUGUUUCCUUAUGUUAAUAGUAAAUAAAAAGUAGUUCUACGUA